AUGAUGGUAACAGCAUCAAAUCAUACACAACCUCAGUAUUCAACGACAAUAAAUCGAAUACGAAAUUUAGAAGAUCGCAAAUUAUUUGUUGGCAUGUUGAACAAACAAAUGACAGAAGAAAAUGUUCGUACUAUAUUUGAACCAUAUGGCACUAUUGAAGAAUGUACAAUUUUACGUGGACCCAAUGGUGAUAGUAAAGGUUGUGCAUUUGUAAAAUUUGCUACACACAAUGAAGCUCAACAAGCAAUACAAAAUGUUCAUGGCAGUCAAACGUUUCCAGGUGCAUCGUCAUCUAUUGUUGUUAAAUUUGCUGAUACAGAAAAAGAACGUCAAUUAAGACGUAUGCAGCAAUUAGCUGGCCCCCUUGGACUUCUAUCCAAUCCAUUAGUACUUCAACAAAUAGCAGCAAAUUUAAACUAUCAAGGUUAUACACAAAUACAACAACAAACUCUAUUAGCCUCAUCAAAUGGCUCACAUCAAACAACAUAUACAACUAUACCAGUAAUAACAACAUCGGGUCAACCGAUGAGUAAUGGCACUAUGACACCAUCGACUGGUGAUUGUGACAAUAUGGACUUUCCUAGUUAUUCUUUAGUCAAUGCAUCACCUGUUAAUAAUGGUUCAACUACGAUUUAUCAAACAACAGGACCUGGUCCAAAUGGUCAACCUACAGAUUUGUUUUCAUCUGGAAUGCAAUAUUCCACUGUUUGUCCAACGAUUGAUUCAGCAACUGGUUUACAAAUUCAACAAACAGCAACUUAUACAACUUUACCUGCUCAAUAUCCAAUAUAUGCUCCAACAGCGAUUUACUCUCAUUUACCAACUACAACACUCAUUCCAAGUGCAUUAGCAUCGCCAGGAAAAGAAGCUCUACCACAGUUCUUCGGACCAGAGGGUUGCAAUCUUUUCAUCUACCAUUUGCCACAAGAGUUUGGUGAUUCCGAACUUGCAUCAAUGUUUAUGCCAUUCGGCAAUGUUAUAUCGGCCAAGGUCUAUGUUGACCGAGCCACCAAUCAAUCAAAAUGUUUUGGAUUUGUGUCUUAUGAUAAUCCUCAAUGUGCUCAGCAAGCCAUACAAUCAAUGAAUGGAUUUCAAAUUGGUAUGAAACGUUUAAAAGUUCAAUUGAAACGUCCAAAAGAUUUGGCUAAACCAUAUUAA